AUGCCCACUCGCCAUCCCCACAUACCAAAUGUCAAACUCGCAGAUUUCUUCUCUCAGUCCACUUCAUUUCGCUCGUUGGUGCAAGUCGCCGCAUCAGAGCCCUUCCAAGGUCGUACUGCCACGCUGAACAUCCCGACGGCUUUCUUCACGCCCAAGAUCACGAAUACGCCUACUUUAAUACUCCCCACAAAUCUGCAGUUUUACCCGGGCACAACCAAGAAUAUGGAGACUAACAUACUAUCUGUUGAUCCCCAGAAACUGGGCAACAUCACGUUCAAGAAUUCGAACACAGAUCUGAUUGACGAGUGGGACAUUCAGUAUACGGAUGGGAAGGACUAUGAGAGCUUGAAAAGAGCAGCGGAAGAGUUAGUGAACACAGAUACACCUGUAGCUUUCCCAACAGAGACCGUGUACGGUUUAGGGGCAGAUGCGACAAGGAGCGCAGCAGUAAAGGCUAUAUUUGCCGCAAAAGGACGGCCAUCGGACAACCCCCUUAUCGUACACAUACAUUCGCUCCCGCAACUACGAGCGUUACUAUCAGGGAAGAAAGAAGUUACGGGAGGGCUUGAGGUAGCAUCAGAUCCUAUACCAGAGAUAUACCGACCAUUAAUCGAGCGUUUCUGGCCUGGCCCGCUUACUAUCAUCCUUCCAGCUCCCAGAAAUUCCAUCCUCGCACCAGAAGUCACAGCAGGUCUCCCAACAUUCGGCGCUCGUAUGCCGCGCUCUAUUCUCGCUCUCGCUCUCCUGCGCCUCUGCGGACGCCCACUUGCAGGACCCUCCGCCAAUGCAUCGACACGCCCUUCGCCCACAGCUGCCGAACACGUCUUUGAUGAUCUGCAGGGAAGGAUUCACACAAUCAUCGACGGGGGCCCGUGCGAAGUUGGCGUGGAAAGCACAGUAGUGGACGGAUUGUCGACUCCACCGAGUAUCCUUAGACCAGGUGGUGUGACAGUGGAGCAACUUAGGCAAUGUCCAGGAUGGGAGAACGUCACGGUCGGAUACAAAGACAAGCAAGAAGGAGGUGCAGGUAAGCCACGAGCACCGGGGAUGAAAUACAGGCACUACAGUCCGAAGGCGGAGGUCGUGCUUUUCGAGGCUGGCGCUGGGAAACCUGCGGACAAGGAGAUCAAGAGCAAGAGGAAGAUUGGUGUCAUUCGGACGAAAGGUUGGCGUCCAGUACUGGAUUUGGACGCUGAGAGACUAGGACCCACACAAACGAAUGGACACAUCCACGGUACUUCGCGACCCACAACCACACCAACAUCUCCUUCCGAUGCGCCGUCGCGCAUCUCCAAUCUACUUCGCUCGGUCAUACAACACCAAGUUCCGCACGCAGAACAAUACAUGUUGAAAUCUGACGCCAUUGAGAUAUGGGACAUCGACCUCGGCGCGGAAACAGAAGGCGUCGCAAGGGGUUUGUUCUCUGCGUUGCGUGAACUGGACAAAAAGGGCGUGGAUAUCAUUUACGUGGAGGGUAUAAGUGAUCAGACUGGAGAUGAUAUCGCGGCUGCAGUCAUGAAUCGCUUGAGGAAGGCGGCUGAAAUUAGGGGAUGA